UUCUCAAUGCAAAAACGCGUUAAUUCUUCAGCAUGGCGGCCACAACGAGAAGAGUUUUGUCACAAGAAGGCACAAAUCUUCGCUUUGAAACAAGCGAAAGUGUCGACGUUACUCCUACAUUUGAUGCGAUGAAUCUAAGAGAAGAUCUGAUUAAGGGAAUCUACGCUUACGGAUUUGAAAAACCUUCAGCUAUACAACAGCGAGCCAUCAAACCUGUCGUAUCGGGACGAGAUGUGAUUGCACAGGCACAGUCUGGUACCGGAAAGACAGCUACAUUCUCCAUUUCAGUUUUGCAGUGUUUAGACACGCAGGUUCGUGAAACACAAGCUUUGAUUCUGUCUCCAACUCGUGAAUUGGCAACCCAAAUUCAAAAGGUGAUUCUGGCCCUGGGUGACUACAUGAGUGUCCUCUGCCAUUCCUGCAUCGGAGGUACCAACAUCGGAGAAGAUAUCCGCAAGCUGGACUUUGGUCAACACGUCAUCUCCGGCACCCCAGGAAGAGUCUUUGACAUGAUCAAGAGAAGAAACUUGAGGACCCGUUCAAUCAAAAUGCUGAUCCUUGACGAGGCGGAUGAGAUGCUGAACAAAGGUUUCAAGGAGCAGAUAUAUGACGUUUAUCGGUACCUCCCUCCAGCUACACAAGUCCUUCUCUUCAGUGCCACACUGCCUCAUGAGAUCCUAGAGAUGACCACAAAGUUCAUGACGGAACCAAUCCGAAUCCUGGUCAAGCGUGAUGAGUUGACAUUAGAAGGCAUCAAGCAGUUCUUUGUAGCGGUAGAGCGAGAGGAAUGGAAGUUUGACACACUCUGUGAUCUCUAUGAUACGUUGACGAUCACGCAGGCUGUCAUCUUCUGCAAUACUAAACGCAAGGUUGACUGGCUGACUGAGAAGAUGAGAGAAGCAAACUUUACUGUCUCUUCAAUGCACGGUGAUAUGCCACAGAAAGAAAGAGAUGAAAUCAUGAAGGAAUUCAGGGCUGGAGCUACGCGAGUUCUGAUCACAACAGAUGUUUGGGCACGUGGGUUGGACGUACAGCAAGUGUCUCUAGUCAUCAACUACGAUCUGCCAAACAACCGUGAAUUGUAUAUCCACAGAAUUGGUCGUUCGGGUCGUUACGGUCGCAAGGGUGUUGCUAUCAACUUUGUCAAGAGCGAUGACAUCCGUAUAUUGAGAGAUAUUGAGCAGUACUACAGUACACAGAUUGAUGAAAUGCCAAUGAAUGUUGCUGAUCUGAUCUGAGCUGGCUGAUAUGGGACCAGGCAGGUUCUUUUUUCCAAUGCCAGGAAUCAACUGUUCAACCAGUGUUCUCAAUAUUUCUCAAUACUAAGUACUUACACAAAGACCCCGGACAUUCGAGCUCUACUGCAGCCACAGUUAUUAGUUAUUAUGCCAUAAUGGCAUCCAACUUGGUAUAUCAAAGACAUACAGUUGAGUUUAAUUUGAGUAACUGUAAAUUUACUUAUUUUGUAAAAACUCUGGGGGUUUCUUUGGGGUACAGUUGUCUCACAUUCAUGGUUGACCCCUCGCAAAUAACGCCUUCAUUUACUGUUGUGUUUGUGUUGGGAGUAAAAAUGCUUGCUUAGAUUUCAAUGCACAGGUCUGCGAGUUUAAACUAAUGAUUUACACAGUUUCCUUGUACUUCAUGAUACGACUCCAAAAAUUUGAACUUCUUUUACAUCCCUUAAGAGUUCUGUAAAUCACCUGUUUGUACAAAAGAAGUUUCUUAUUGUCUAAAUCAUUCUUCAAAAUCUUCAAUGACAAAUCAGAUUUCAUGCAGAUCGGUUUAUAAAUCAUACUGUAAAUAUUAGUUCUAGCAUUACGACCUUUUAUUCAUGUUCUGUACAUAGCUGGUUGUAGUGAGUGUUUUUUCUAGGCUAUCAUGUGUAAGGGUUCGAGUACAAAAAAUACUGUUUUUGUUUCAAUUGGUUAACAUUUCGUUGAUGCAUUUUCCUGAGACCUAUUUGAAAUUUUUUGGAGCAUGUAAAAAUUGGUCGAUCUGGGGGUCCAGUGUGAAAUUAUUUAAUCAAUUUCAUUGCUGAUAACAAGGUCUCCAAGUGCAAGGAAAUGUGUUGGCCAUUAAACAAUGACACUGGCAUUUAUAAUGUACCUGAAUACUUGUUUUUUUCUUCUAAUUUUAACUCACUUUUGUAGACAGUGCAGGACUUCUUUAAACUAUUGGGUAAAAUACUUGUUCACAGAGCAUUUAUAAAUUUUAUCAUUUGCAUGUAAAACUUGCCGAGACAAUUAUUGCUCUGUCAGUAUAUUUCAGUAGGAUAAAAAAGCAACAAUGCCUUUAGCUAAAUUGAAUUUCUUAUUUUCUUUUAAACACAUUUUUGGGGGGUCAAAUGUAGGUCUUCUAAAGCGGACUUGUACAAUGUACGUGUAGUCUGGCAUACGAUCCUGCAUUGCAUUAACUUAGGUUGCAUGACUUUCAGGUUCAACGACCUAAAUAUUGGCAUGAUAGCAAUUCCUUUAUCAGGGCUCAAUUUCAUGGCUCUGCUUACCACUGAUUUCUGCGCUUACAGCAUAGAGUCAUGUGCUUUACAGCAUACUGUAAGCUGAGAAUUCUGCGCUAAGCAGUGCUGUGAAAUUGGACACCGAUGGCAGAUAAACUUGAUGUAAGGGUAGUCUGGGGUUGGGCCAUUUCUCAGUGUACUUCAGUGGAUGUUUUAUAUGACAAUAAAUGAUAAGGUUCUGAGAUACAUAAUA